AUGGCCACUCAAACAGCUACACAGACGCUGCAGUCCGGCUCGGUCAAGAUCAAGGGGAAAGUGGCCGAUCUCGACAAACAUGUCAACCUGGCCAAGUUCUCAACGGACGUGCCAAAGGCAGACUACGAUCGAGCAGUCGAGCUAAUCAGGUCUAAAUUGGACAACAUGUCUCUUGUUGCAGCCAGGCUCUCACUCACUCUCGGACCCAACCAUCCUCCGUUGCUGAUCGAUGCGCGGGCCAGUCCUGCGACUCUCGAUGUCAUCACCGACGGCGAAAUUCCCGAGGAUGUCGAUGCUCAGGUCUACAUCACGGCCGUCAUGAUCAAGAGAUUCGUCGAUGGUCUUAUGGAUGCUCGCUAUGCCCUCAACUGGGGCCACAUCUUCAUGCUCACCGGCCCGACACGGGUCGGAGUCAAAUUCGUCGAUGCUCUGACGCCAUUCAACGCCGUCCAUCCUAAGCUCGACCGACUAGAUCUGAAAGAAUUGCCCAAGCCCACCGAGGAUAUCGAGCAGGUCAAGCGCGAUCUCGACGUCUGGGGAUACGGGUUCGUCAAGAACGCGCUCACCCCGGAAGAAGUGCGCGUGCUCAGAAAGCGACUCAUGGAUCAAGCCCAAGGCGAGGCCGACGCUGGCAUCGGCUUCUUUGACGGUGGCGAGAAGAAGCCCAACCAACGGAUCUGGUGCUUGCCGAACAAGGGCAAGGAAUUUAUCGAUUUGCUCGAGAACAACAAGACUAUUCAAGAUGUGGUCCCCGACUUCCUCGGAGACGAUGCCAUCUUGUUCUCGUACACGGCGAACAUCGCUCGGCCGGGCAAUACCCCGAUGCACAUGCACACGGACCAAAUCACCAUCCAACCACCCAUCAGAUCCGUGGCGGUAGGCAUGAACUUGAUGUAUUUCCUCGAGGACGUCACUGCAGAGAACGGCGGCACUCUGGUCAUGCCGGGGAGCCACAAGGGGAACUGGGCGCCGGACGACCCGUACGAUCCGGUCGACACGGUGGCAGCGGCUGGUCCCGCGGGGACUUGCAUGGUGUUUGAAAGCAGGCUCUGGCACGCAACGGGGGCGAACAAGAUGCCGGCAGACAGCGGCAGCGAGAGACCGGUCAUUCUGGUCUUCUUCACCCGGCCUUGGAUGAGACAGCAGGAGAACUUCUCGCUGUCGGUCAAGGAGGACGUGCUGGCCACGUGCUCCGACAAGGUCAAGGGUUACCUGGGGUUCAGGACGAGCGGGAGCAUCGGCGGGGUUCAGACGAGGCAGAAGGAUGGAGACAUUGUGAGGAGGCCAAAGGAGGACGAGUUUAUUGGCGUCAUGGGUGUGGGCACCUCCAAGUACUAG